AUAUAAACGAAAUUGACUUAUUUACAUGGAAACCUUAAUUGCCUUAUACAAUUGGAAAUAAUUUGCAUGCAACAUCGUCGUUAAGUAACCGUUAAAAUUUCGCGAAAUAUUUAUACAUCAACAACGUGAAAUGAAGGAGAAUGCAAAAUAAAAGUUGAUAUAAAUUCGCAACGGUACAUUGAAGAAUCGACACGACACUAUUCAUUUAUAAUUAUUUCGAUAUCUUUUCCUUCUUUUUAGGUUGUUGAUGAAGUUGUUGUUUGAAUGCAGGAAUUCCUAGAUUCGCAGCUUACUGUAUACGACGCCUACUCGAACACACGCACACACGAAAUGAACCCGGUUUACAGUUAGCAUUGGCCAAUCUCGAUUUUUCGAAGACACCGACGAAACCAGUCUUCUUCGAGCGCUCCCUGACCGCACAUCAAACAACAGCAACAAUAAGAUGACGAUGAUGAUGUUCACGGCUGUGGUGUGCGUAUUGCUUGCGACCGCAAUUCCUUUGACGCAAUCUGCAGUGGUUUUCAGCAACGAGGUGGUGAGUCCUGCUACGACGUACAUGGGGGUUGCUAGGACGCCGUUCGUGGAUGCCCUGCGACGUCGCUGUCCGCUGUGCGAUUCCUCCGUCUAUCCGUACUGCAGCGAGAAGCUGUUCCACGACUCGUGCUGCUGCCACAACCCCAACAAUGCCUACGAUCGCCUUCCUUACGAGUGCCAGUACGCAGACUGUUCAUUCCUGCACGCCAACAGCUGCCAGGAACAUAAGCUCAUCUCGGCCUGUUGCUGCACCAAUCUUUACCUGCACAAAAAAUGAUCAUCAUAAAUAUGUUUAA